GGUGUCCAAGAUCCCCCUUGAGUUUGAGGGGGGGUGUUAGAACAGGGUUGUGCUGUGUGUGUAGUUAUCAUAUUGUAUAGGGGCUUCUUUGCUUAUUCCCCUUCAUGUAUAUGUGCUGGCCUGUUGGCCCGAUGGAAUAUAGGCUCACUUCAUAACACUGCUUAAAUGGGUGAUUUCUGACACUUUGUAUUUUCUCUGUUUGCACAGGUGAAUGACAAUGAUCUCUCGAAAGAACUUUACAAAAAAUACAGCAGUGUACAUAGGCGGAAAGUUCGCGUGUGGCAGAUGAUAUGUGUUUUGUCAAGCUAUGUAGAGGAAGACAUAGUUGAGAAAGUGACAUCUACUGUUCACACCUGUCUUUAUAGAAAUAACCUACCUGCUGUCCGGCAGUACUUGGAGACGUUUGCUAUACUUAUUUACUUAAAAUUUCCAACACUGGCUGAAGCACAGCUUGUUCCUAUUUUUCAUGACCACGGAAUGCGACAACAGGCACUAUCUUCAUAUGUUUUUAUAGCAGCAAACGUGAUCCUCCAUUCAGGGGAGCUGGUUGUCCAGAGAAAGCAUCUUAAUCAACUGCUUCCUCCAAUAAUUUCAUUCUUAACAUCCCAUCAUCACAGUCUACGUAGUUUCACUCAGCUACUUGUCCACACUGUUUUUUCCAAGUUGUGGCAUAUUUUGCAACUAGAAAGCUCAGAAAAUCCAUCCAUCGAGAGGAGGUGCUUUCAAGAUUUGAAGAAGUAUCUGGCAGAGAAUACCGACUGCGCAAGGCUAAGAGUUUCAAUCGAAGGUUUCCUUGAUGUUUUUGAUCCUGAUAUAUCUGGGACUCCACCGGGAAUAUUUACAGCUCGCAUUGAGUCGUCUGGCUUUGAAUGUGUUCCUGUGUCGGUGUUGGAGCGAGUAAAUAACUUUUUGAACGACGUGAGGGAGGAGCUGAGGCAUUCUAUGAUAAAGGAUUCAGCAACAAUCAAGAACGAGGGCCUGGCGGUGAGAAAACACGAGGAGGGCACCGAAGAGAAGAUAGUAGCCAGUCAAGAUUUCCAGAAGAAGAUCAUACCCCACCGGGACUUGGAGCAAGCAGCGAGCAGCAACGGCGCGGUCAUGGGCAACAACGACAUCUCACGACUGCUCUUCGAGAUGGAGGAAGACGACGACACGUUCAACCUGGCGGUGGAGUCGAGGAAGGAGGCGGCGGAGACGGUGAGGCAGAGUCGGCAGGAUCUGAUCGUGGUGGCGUCGCUGGUGGAGCGGAUCCCGAACCUGGCGGGGCUGACCCGGACGUGCGAGAUAUUCAGGGCGGGCGGGCUGGCGGUGGAGGACAUGGGGGUGGUCCAGGACAAGCAGUUCCGGCUGAUCAGCGUGACGGCGGAGAAGUGGGUGCCGAUGGUGGAGGUGCCGGCGGAGAGCAUGAGGGCGUUCUUGCAGAGGAAGCGGGCGGAGGGGUACACGGUGGUGGGGCUGGAGCAGACGGCCAACAGCGUGGCGCUGGACGAGUUUGUGUUCCCGGCCAAGACGGUGGUGGUGCUGGGCAGGGAGAAGGAAGGGAUCCCGGUGGACAUCAUCCAGGAGGCGGUGGACGUGUGCGUCGAGAUCCCGCAGCUUGGCGUCGUCCGGUCACUCAACGUACAUGUCAGCGCCGCCAUCGCCAUCUGGGACUACACCCGCCAGCAGCGCGUCCGCUCCUCCUCCUCCUCCUCCUCGCUGUAGGUAGCUUCCGGUUCUCCUUCCUGUUGGAGUAAACCAGAGAAGGCUGCCAUGUCUGUUGUUGUAACAUGCAUGGACCUGAUCAUCCAUGACAAAACUGAUCAUGAACCUUCCUUAGCCAGGACUAGAUUGUUAGCUAGAUUUAUGCACCGAACUGGUCAUGCAUGAUGAAAACACUUUGCAAGAAGAUGUCAACCACUCUUGUUAAGAUUAGAUGAUAAGUUCCUGCUCUC